AUGCAAUUCCCCAUAAGAUUUCCAUACCACGUGCAUGCUACCGGCUGUCUUGCCGCAGAGCAAGUCGAGCACAUUGGUUUAGCACCAUCGCACUUAUAUUUGCCUGCGCGACACCUGGUACACGCUACUGUCACUCUUUUACGUGACGAGACCUCCUUUUCCAUCUUUCAGCCGUUUCGCCACUACGGUAUCGGCAAUGAAUAUACCCGAGUGAUCGGUAAAGAGAUCAAUCUUGACUCAGUCAUUCCUUGUCGACUCGAGAAUUCCAAAGCGUCUGUGGUAAUUCAUUUGAUGCUAUUGACAUCCAAACUAAUAUACGAUAUGAUUGACAACGCCUCAAUCAUUUUGAUUGGCUGCCCUGGUGCUGGAAAGAAAUCGUUAGGGUUCAUCGGCGCCAAACACCUGGGCCGGAGACUGAUCCUGGCUGACAGAUAUUUCCAAACUCAAACAGGCCUCUCUAGAGCGGAAUAUCUGAAAAUCCAUGGCAAUGCCGUUCUUCAAGCAUUCACUGUUACGGUCGUGCGGAAAAUGCUGGAGGAACAUAGCACCGGCUGCAUUAUUGAAUGCGGACUGGGGAGUCUCGUACCUGGCGUUCGCCAAUUGCUUCUUCAAAAAUACAUAGACAGCCAUCCAAUCAUACAUAUCACCCGAUGCUUGCGCUACGUUGAAAACUAUUUAGGGCUUUCCGGCGACAACGACGGGAUGGGAUUCCUCAAGGACUGCGACGUGGCCCAUCGGGAAUGCUCCAACUUAGAAUAUUACAACCUUUUCAAUCAUUUUUCUCGAGAUGAUAAUCGGAACAGCGAGCAGCCGCCGCCAUCGAAAGCACCUUUCUUUCUCAAAAAUGCAAAGCAAGAAUUCUCGACCUUUCUGGAUCUUGUGAUUUCUCGCCCUUCGCGUCAUGUUAAAAGCGACGCGACUCAGCACGAUGAGCUUAAAGAGCCGUAUAGCAUAGACCUCUUUCCUCUUGAAUGUCGCGAUCGAUCAUAUCUACGAAGUGUUCGGUUGUCAGGCCUUGUGAACAAGACAAUAGAAGUGGAUAGCCUUGCGUCUGGGGAAGACGGAAUUCUACUCAUCGUGGACAUGGUUAAUCCAGAUAUCCUCAAUCUGGUGUCGGAAUACAUCUCCAUUAUUCGACGAGCAGUCAAAAUACCGAUUGUAUAUGCAGUCGAGAGGGAUAGUAGCGAGAUAUCUGGCGGAAAAUUUGUUGACUUUUACUUUACACUCCUACAUCACGGCUUGCGAUUUUGUGUCGAGUACGCCAUAGUGGACAUCAGCUUCGAGACCAAGAAAAUUCAAAAAUUGAUUCAAAGAAAGCUUCCGGUCACAAAAGUAAUCGGCUCGUACUUCGAUCCACAUCCCGGUGAAAGGGGCUGGAUGCAAGAGAAUCGCAAAAAGAAGUACCAGCUGGGCAAGUUGAUGGGAUGUCAUAUCGUGCAACUAACUCAGCCGGCCACCACACAAGCUGAUAAUGAAGAUGUUCAAUAUUUUAGCAGACUGAUUCGCGAACAGCCUGAUGCUAACAACCCGUUUCUCAUUGCGUAUAAUGUCGGUGUUCGAGGAAGGACAUCUCAGCUCGCGAAUAGGAUAAUGACCCCGGUUAAGCAUGGGUCAAUACUGAACGAUGCAGAGGUCACAUUCGAUAACGAUCAGCCUUUUGAUCCCCAAAUCAGCCUUAGCAAUGCUAUCCAGGGACUUUUCGCGAACUUUAUAUUUGACCCUCUUGAAUUUUAUUUAGUCGGCCGUCAGCCUUCUGUCAGUUUAAUGCCACCAGCUAUGCAUCGGGUUGCUUAUGUGCAUUGCGGCUUUUCUCACACGUUUAGAAUUGCCGAGGUGUCUUCCUGUGAAGACAUAAACAAGAUAGCGCAAAGCCCAAAAUUUGGGGGAGUAAGUAUCAUGAUUCCCUUCAAAACACUUAUUCUCCACCAACUCGACCAAAUCAGUCCUCAGGCAGCUGCUAUUGGCGCUAUCAAUACGCUCCUACCAUUAAGGCGAGCGACGACUGAUAGUUCUGGCGCCAUUAUUCCUCUUCCUUUUGCCUUGCAAACCGAAAACAGAAAUCGUGCCGGUCCUGUUGUCAAGCUGUUUGGGGAUAACACGGACUGGCUUGGAAUCCAAUCAGUAAUCGCGCGCAACCUCUCCCCUCGCAAUACAAUUGACCCAAUACGAUCUGUGGCACUCAUCAUUGGGGCAGGUGGAGCUGCACGCGCCGCGAUAUAUGCGCUUAUUGGACUUGGAUGCCGCAAGAUCUACGUGUAUAAUAGAACAGUAGAAAGAGCCGAAAAAGUGGCACGUCAUUUCAACACGCUCUAUCCAGAAAAGGGCACCAUCAUUCGGGUACUUCCUUCCCUCUCGACUCCGUGGCCUGAAAAUGAAGAGCCUGCCACAAUUAUCGUGUCAUCAAUCCCAGCACACAGUUUAGGAGGCAAUUGUAGUCCACCAAAUUUCACCCUGCCAGAAGGAUGGCUGCAGAGUAAAACUGGCGGUGUUGUUGCUGAGGUAUGA